UCGGUUCAAGAUAAACAAGCUGGUCAAAUUUUAGAUAUUUCUAAGAUAUGACAAACUUUCAUUGAUUAUAAUAUCGAUCCUACAGAAAAGUGAAAUGUUACCCAAAUAUCAACAGAAAAAAAUGCCCAGAAAAUCAGAAUUACGAAUACAUGGAGAUAAGUCCUUUAUAAAUUAUUGUUAAUUGGUACUGGGCUUUGUUCUCCAACUAUCAACAUAUUCCCCCAGUUUCACGACAUUGAAAAUUUCUAAAUUGUACAUAAAUCACGCAAAUGACGAGAUGAAUCAACUAAUUGAUCAAUUUCUAAUUAAUUGCUUCCAGUAUGUGAUUCGUUCUCUAUUUCCCUCGAAAAUGAUUUCUCUCAAAGCCGCCGCCAUCAAAUAAUUUCCCAAGAGCCUUUUCUUUAUGACGAGUGUUCCAUAGAGAUGCCGCCCACUUCAAAACAAGCCAUUAAGUGCUUCGGAUUUUAUCGUACGGUUUCUAGAACAUUUCACAAGUCUCCAAGAUAGACUUACUUUUAAAGGGUGUGUAGACUCCGAUGUGAAGUUGACUUGACAUGGAAAACUACACGGCACCGAACUGCACCGAUAGCACACCAACUACAUCUUACAAUUUCUUACUACCUAUUCUCUUCGCAGUAGUGGUAGCCACUGGAGUAACAGGGAACACUUUGGUAAUAUGUGUCGUGAGAAGAAGAAGGUCGAUGCACACGACGACAAACUAUCUUCUACUGAACGUUGCGUGUUGCGACAUUAUCACAUUAAUCUGGUGUCCUAGAUUGUACGACUUCUUACUGGAAAACACACAUCCCGCGGGAAGAAGCGGGGAUUGGAUCUGCAAGUUUUUCACGCACAAUGCCAUAAUGCAAAUAUCGGUUUUGACCUCUAUCUUCACACUUACUAUUGUAUCUGUUGAACGAUAUCACGCUUUGGUAAAGCCCAUGCAAGUCGGCAGAAGACUAACGGAGGAUACCGUUUGGUAUGCCGUUAUUGCCUCAUGGACUGCAAGUUUAAUCCUAACAGUUCCUAGCUUCGUGGCUAUUAAGUUUGACGAGACACGAAAAGCGUGUACAGGACCUUUUGAUUUUCAUACUCAGGAGAAUUUGUCAUACAUGGUCAUUAUAUUUACGGUUAGCGGUAUUCUACCAUUUCUUAUAUUAUUCUUCUGUUACUUCCAAAUCAUCAGAGGACUUUACUUUACAAGAACUAUUUGCUCAGAGACAACUGGCUCUAGAGGAAGCCUCAAAUCAAAGAAAGCCAUAACAAAACUACUUCUCAGUAUUACCACUUCAUUUUACGUGUGUUAUUUCUCAUUUGGAGUUGCCUUACUUUACUUUAAGAGAAAACCCAAGGAGGAAAUUGCGGAAAAAGGGGAGAAAUACGAAACAUUUCUAAAACCAUUUUUAUUUCUUUUGUUUUUCCAUUCAGCUCUAAACCCGAUUUUGUACGUGCUGCAGAGCUCGAAUUUUCGUCAGGGAUUUAAACAGAUUUGCUGUGGGAAGAGGAACGAUGUGAUGCAAGUGACCGAGGCAUCUACGGCAAUUCCACAAAAAUCACAACUUCAGAUGCGUUCUAAAGCAGUUAAUUAACGAUUCUUUCAUACGUGAUGCAGUCUGAAAACGCAAAGAUUGUUAUGACAGAGAAAGAAAACAGAAAAGCAAAACAAAGAAAUGAAAUGGAAAAGUAGGGAAAUCAGAAGACACGCAAACUGACGAUGACAAUGAUGGCAUAACUUCAAUAUCAUAAAAUAUAACAGAGCUAGGAAUAUAUAAAGAACGAUUAAAAUAUCUUUAAAUUAACCAAAGAAAUAUCUAUCAACAAUCAAUAGAAAGAACAUAACAAAAUUUAGAUAAGGAAAAUAACGGCGGAAGAAACGCAUUAUCGUAUAUUAAACAAAACUUAACAUCCGUUUGCUUGCAGUCUGGACAAAUAAAUAAAAGCUCUUACAAACUAAA